AUGGAGCUAUCUAUUAACCGCUUCUCGUUCAGGGUGGAUAUAGCAGUGGAUGUUCGCUUGCGCAGCGCCAUACUAUUGAACGAUGUCUUGCUGGUCAAACGCAUCAUCAAAAACAACCCCAAGUUCCUGGAGAACCCAAACUACGAAGACAAGAGCAAUACAUCGUUGCACCUAGCCGCCAUCCAGGGUCACCUUGAGGUCGUUAAACUCCUCGUAUCCUUCGGCCACGACUCAUGCACACCUAAAUUCCUGAAGACCGGCCUGGACACCGCCCCAGGCAUCAGCUUGAAUACUGACGGAGCCACCCCGCUCCACAUGGCAGCUAUACAUUCUCACCCUGCCUGCGUGCAAUACCUCUGUACCCAGUUCCCGCAAACCAUCAACCAGCCCGACAACAACGGUGCUACGCCCCUUAUGCUGGCGGUCCAAAACUCGAACACCUCUCACACUCCACAAAGCACAUGCCUAAUCCCCCCGAAACAACGACCGCGUUCCUCUUCCAAUGCUUCAGAGGAUACGAGCACGAUCGCGACACUGCUCAGACUGGACGCCUCUGUGGCUUUCACGGAUAAUGCGGGCAAUACAGCCUUGCAUUAUGCCAGUGCAUGGGGCAAUCUGAAGGCGUUCAGGCUGCUAGUGUCAGCGGGUGCGCCCCCUUUGGCCCUUAACCAUUUUAUGUGUACACCAGCAGACUAUGCAUUGAGCAUUCAAGCAGGGGUAUAUUUCCGUAGUCUGAUUUCGGAAUUCGAACGAUUAAAAGUGGAAUCACCCAAAUUACAGCAGCACCAACAACAACAAAAGAUGGAACUCUCCUUGAAAGUCAAAGAGAGCGAUUUGAAUAAAUCACCUGCCAACAUGGCUUUCCAGCAAACUCCGUUAUCCCCAAUUUCUCUGACGGAGAUGCGGCUGGCCAAAAUGGGACUCCGUGGCCCGCGAGCAGGAAUCCCUGCUCUAUCUACGGGUUCUGUACGAUUGGUUUUACAGGAUGAUGGUGGAGAUGCGUUUGCUUCUGAUAUCCCGUUGACGGCAAGGAAAGUUAGUGUGCCGAUGGACGCAGGCAGCGCCAUUGGACUGACAAACCCGUACGCUGGAUUUCGUCGGGGUUCGAGUUGA